CUGCUGCUAGUGUUGACAAACGCACACUUUUCUUUUGACGUAACAGCGCACAGCUGAUUGCAGCAGCAGGCGAGAGCAGCAAAGAAAAAGAUGCGCAUACCGGGAGCUCUAUAUGCGGCACGUGGCCGUGCGCCACAAAACGAAAAGGAGGUGCCAUUUCAGGAGAUAUUGCCACUGCGGCUAAAAAACACAGUCAGUGGCAAGGCCGAUUCCGGCUCCGAUGUGGCAUGCCUGCAGGAGAUGGGCGUGCUGUUUGCCUGCCUGAAGGACAACGAGUUUGUGGAGAAGUAUUGUAACAAGGAAAUCAAUCAGUUCCAGAAAUGUUACAAGUUCUACAUGGAUCGCAAAUUCGAGGCGAAAAAGACCGUCAACCAGGGCAUCGUGCAGCCCGGCAAUAAUCUAAACUACAAACAGCUGAACAAAUACAUGAGACGCUUCCCGAAUCCUCAGUAGCAGCAGCUAAUGCUUUGAUCGCCAUUACAAUAUAUGUUCAAAUAUUUACAAA